ACAUAACGUAUAGUGGCAUUGCCAUGCACUACCUUCACGCACAUUUGUAUCAAAAUUUAAAAAAAAUAUAUAAAAUUGUUGUUUACCCCCACUUUCUACCCUCACCUACGGUGAGCAGCGCCCGCUCUUGGCUCAUUGUGCAUUUUCAUGUGCUAGCCUUCGCACGUCUUUUCACGACGUAUAUUGUAGUGUAUUAGUAGUGAUCUUUAAACAUGGGGAAAAGGAAAUCAACGGAACAUGAGGAGGAAAUUCGUAGGAAAAUAAGAAGACUUCAAGGAAAGUUAAGAAGAAAGAAGAAGCGUGUAAUCGAAUCAUCUGAUACAGAGGAUUCUGGUACGGAUACGUACGAUCAGAGGGGUCAUUCAUCUGGCUCGGAAACACCACCGCGGCCUCCCUACUCGCCCCUAACAGCGGCAUCAGUGUCGUCACCAGAGCCGGAGCGACGAAGUUCCAGAGGGCCCGAUGGAGUCGAUACUGUGCAGGAACCGACGCCGUCGACUUCAAAGGAUAAUCAGGAAAGUACAAAUGCUGAUAUUGCGUUACAGGACGAUAUUUUGUCACUGUUAGGUGAUGCCCCAAAAGCAGAGGUUUCUUUUGGGAAGCCGCUUCAUAAAGAUGUCGCGAGUAGAUGGCAAGAAAUUCUUGCCAAAGGUUUAUCCACCGAGGUAAAGGCCAAAUUGAUGGAGGAGUACUAUAUCCCAAGUAAUUGUGAUCUUUUAACAGCACCGCUGCUUAACCCAGAGGCAAAGGCAGCCUUGACAACUGCCAUUACUAAACGCGAUUCUUCAAUUAGAGAAAAACAAAAACAAUUAGGCAUCGCCAUAUCUGCUCUAGGACAGGCCGUAGAAGAUGUAAUUUCUAAUGAAUCUACUAAAAAGAUCCUAAAACCAAUUAGUGACGCAUGUCGCCUCUUAUGCGACAUUCACUUCGCCGAAACAAAAACUCGCCGUAAUUUAAUCAGUUACUGUACAAAUACGAAACUGAAAGAAACUGUUUUAGAAUCUACUAGAGACAAAUUUCUUUUCGGAGAGAACUUGGCCGAAAAACUGAAAUCCGCAAAGUCUAUCCAACAAUCAGGAGAAAGUUUAAAAAUUAAGAAACAACUAGGUUACUUCAACAAAAACUCAUCUAAUCUGAGAACAAAUAACAAUAAUUUAAACUCCAAGAGUUACUAUCGGAAGACACGAUUCAAACAAACAGGCCAGGGUCGAGCUCCUCCGGAGAGGGUCACCAGCCAGCGUCGAACGAGAGGCCAUCAGUCGCCUCGUCGAGCGGUCGAUGUGGAGAGACAGAAACGCAGCGCGUAUCGCAAAUAGACGAGAACAUCACACAAUCUUCACAGAAGCCUCAGACUAGUUGCCGCGAGAUUAUCAGGGAAACUCUUCUGAAAAGAUUCUUAUCACCUCGUUCCAUAGACAUCAUGUUAGCUUCGCUAUCAGACAGUACUUACAAACAAUAUGAUUACUGUAUAAGAAACUGGCUUCAAUACUGUACUAAAAACAAGUAUGAUUUUACUACAGUUUCUGUACCGAUUGCUAUUCAUUUUCUAACAGAAGUUUUUGAUUCUGGUGCAAGUUACGGCACUAUUAAUUGUCACAAAUCGGCUUUAUCCUUAUUAUUGGGAAGUAAUUUAAUGAAUGAUAAUAGAAUUAAGCGAUUCAUGAAAGGAGUUUUUAGAUUAAGACCUACUAGAGCAAAAUAUAACUGGACUUGGAACCCUAGUAUAGUUCUAAACUAUUUAGCCCAAAAAUGGCCAAAUGAGUCACUUGACCUAAAAACCCUUUCUGCAAAGACUUUGACCUUAUUAGCAUUAGUAUCAGCACAUAGAGUGCAGACAUUUUCCUUAAUAAAAUUAUCCAACAUUAAGAUAUUUGAUUCAGUAGAAAUAGUAAUUACUAUUCCUGAAAUU